AUGGCAGCUCCGCCCGGCCGCUCGCCAGCUCUGACAGCCUUCGCAGCGGCGGCCGCUUCCGCCCCGCGUGCCGUGACCUGGGACCGUCCAACCCUCCGCCCACCGGGGGGGGUUAUACAAAAACGUCUGUGUGCGGCGCCCCCCGCCCGGUGCGUGCGCCAGGCCACGCGCGCCGGGAAGCGGAAGCGGAAGUGUGGUGGCUCCGGGGAGCGUCGUCCCGGAGUCCGCUGUGCGGAGCCCUGGACGCUUGCCAUGGAGGGGUCUCGCGAGCCGCUGCUGGAUGCCAAGGACAAGGUCACCAACCAGCUUGUAGAUUUUCAGUGGAAACUGGGCAUGGCUGUGAGCUCAGACAGUUGCAGAUCUCUUAAGUAUCCUUAUGUUGCCGUGAUGCUAAAAGUGGCAGAUCAUUCAGGUCAAGUAAAGACCAAGUCUUUUGAAAUGACAAUUCCACAGUUCCAGAAUUUCUACAGACAGUUCAAGGAAAUUGCUGCAAUUAUUGAGACUGUGUGAAAACUGAUUACUUGGUUGGUAAAUUGCUACCAUCGUUCUAAAAUCAUGGACUUCACUUUCUGCAAUAUAACUGCAUGAGGAUCAGAUGACUUUUUUAUUGAAAGAAAAUUAUACUUUUGUUUUCCCAUUUUUUUAAUAAUAAAAAAAUUAGACAAACAGGAA